CCCUCUCACUCUCUCCUCUGUUCACUACCAAGGAGCUUUGGAGACACUCCUAAGAACAAAGCUAUAUAUAAACAUUGGAAGUCUGAAAAUUGGCUGAACUUGAGUGUGGAUUUAUUCUGUCUAUAUUCAAAACUUUUUUUUUUUAAAAAAGAAAACCAUCCUCUUUCUUGAUCUCCAGGUGACGUGAGUGUUUUAAAGGGACAUCAACAACCUAAGCAACCAAGAUGGAACUCCAGAAGAUAAACGGACACAGCAAGGAUGAUGGAUUCGAUGGGCUGGACGCCUUGGCUGAACAAGAGGAGUUUCUCCCACAUAAAAGUGGUUCCAAGAAAGAAAUUCAUUUUACAGAUUUUGAGGGAAAGACUUCAUUCGGUAUGUCCAUCUUUAACCUCAGUAACGCCAUAAUGGGCAGUGGAAUUCUGGGACUGGCUUUUGCUAUGUCCAACACCGGAAUUAUUCUUUUAUGUGAAAUCUUGUUGGUGUUUAUUGCGAUUCUAUCCGCUUAUUCUAUUCAUCUCCUGUUGAAAAGUGCUGGAGUUGUUGGCAUCCGGGCAUAUGAACAGCUUGGGAACCGGGCUUUUGGUCACCCAGGAAAAAUGCUGGCCGCCGUCAUUAUAACAGUACACAACAUUGGAGCAAUGUCCAGUUACCUCUUUAUCGUAAAGUCUGAGCUCCCAUUGGUUAUUCAAGCUUUCCUUGGUAAACAGGAAAACACAGGAGAGUGGUUCUUGAAUGGAAACUUCUUGAUCAUCAUUGUUAGUGCUCUCAUCAUCCUUCCAUUAGCUACCAUGAAACAACUUGGGUAUCUGGGAUACACAAGUGGUUUCUCCCUGUCCUGCAUGGUGUUUUUCCUCAUUUCGGUUAUCUACAAGAAGUUCAACAUCCCCUGUCCACUGGAAGAUGAAGACCAUCAUAACUUGAGCCAUCUAUCUCACGGCCACGGCUACAUUAAUGGGACAGAUGACUUUUGUGAGGCCAAGAUGUUUACCAUCAACUCACAGACAGCAUACACCAUCCCAAUUCUGGCUUUUGCCUUUGUCUGCCACCCUGAAGUUCUUCCUAUCUACACUGAGCUGAGAGAUGCUACCAAAAAACGCAUGCAGAAUGUUGCAAACAUCUCCAUCCUGGCCAUGUUUAUCAUGUACUUGUUGACAGCUCUUUUUGGUUACCUCACCUUUUAUGGCAAUGUGGAGUCUGAGCUACUGCACACCUACAGUCGUGUGGACCCACUGGAUGUCCUGGUCCUCUGUGUGCGUCUAGCUGUGCUGGUGGCCGUCACUUUGACCGUCCCCGUCGUUCUCUUUCCAAUCCGCCGGGCUUUGCUCCAGAUCCUGUUCCCUGACAAGCCUUUCCACUGGGCCAGACACAUCAUUAUUGCAUUUUGUCUCAUCUCCUUGGUCAACCUGCUUGUUAUCUUUGUACCCUCCAUCCGUGACAUCUUUGGCCUCAUUGGUGCCACAUCUGCCCCGAGCCUCAUCUUCAUCCUUCCGGGAAUCUUCUACAUCCGGAUUGUUCCUGAGGAGCAGGAGCCCAUGUUCUCCAGAUCCAAAAUUCAGGCUGCAUGCUUUGCUGCUGUGGGAUUCAUCUUCAUGGUGAUGAGUUUGUCAUUUAUCAUCAUUGACUGGGUGACUGGAGAGUCUCGAAGUGGAGGUGGACACUAGUUGCUACGAAUGAACAGAUACACUAUAAACUGAAUGCCAACCAAAGCUCUCCCUGUUUUUAAAUUUACCCUCAUCUGCCCAAUUCUCAAACAAAGCCAAACUAGAAACUUUGGCUACAUAACACAAAGGAUAUUUCAAAUACCUGGAAAAAACACAGAAAGCAUUAAGACAUAAUGGGGCAGAUAAAACCGUCCACAAUGGAGGAGAGAACACAGUUAUAUGUGUUCUGACUGAAUAAAACCUGUAUAACAGGGCAUGUAAGGAUGUGUUUCAGAGGCAUUUGUGAAAAUGCAAAAGACAAUAAAGGACUAACACAUAAAGGAUGAAUGAGAACUUCAUGAGUCAAAUGGAAAUCCUAUUUUAGAGGGGAUGGUAUAGAUGGUGCAGGGCAUGUGUACAGUUCCAUGGAAUAAUUCUGUCACUGCCAGCAUCUGUCCAAAGUACUUCCCUAUCAUCUCAUAUUUUACAGGACAGUAAAUUAAUUUUGGCCUGAGACAGCCCUUUCCUUUUCAAGCAGCUUUUUUAUCUGACAAAAAUAAAUUUCUUUUUGUCUAUUUUAACAUGCAUUACUGUCAAAUCUGCCACCUCAGUGUUUCCCACAACCCAUGACCUCACAGAUUCAGUUAAACGUGAACAGUUAUUUGAAGUACCACUAAGAUUCCAGUUUAUGAAAACCCAUUUUUUCAAUGACUUUUACAUAGUGAGUGAAAUUAAUGUGAUGUUUAAUUAAUCUAUUAUGACACAUAUAAAUAUUUAAAAUGUGAUCAACUUCCACGCUGAGUCUGAGGUGACCUUUGAUAAAGGAUCCAGUAGAUUCAGUGCAAUUUGUGAGGUGUUGCUGCUAUUAAUGAAGGUCAUUGAAACAGACAGUUACUGACGAUCACCAGUGAAUCAUCAGACACAGAAAGAUGGUUUCUAUAAUAUGAGGAUAUAAUAUCCUUAACCAAAUACUAUAAAUAUUUUGUUACAUUAAGAUAAGAUGUAACAUCUUUUUUUUUUUUUUUUUUUUUAAUAAUGUCGGCCAAGGCCAAUAAAAACCUGUUUUAACAUGUGUGUAAAGUAUCCAAUGUUGAAAAUGUCCAUGUUAGCCAGAAACUGUUGAGUAACGUGAAUAAUGAUGUCUGGAGCUUAAGUUAAAAGUAAUGCAGUCUGUUUUUAUUUUUUCUUUUAUGUUUCUAAAAUUUGACUCAAAGAUAUUUUGACUUUGUUAUCUUCCUGUACAUUUUAAAUUAAUAUGAAUGUUAUUUGUCAAUAAAAUAUGUCUUUGUACAUA